UGUGUGUGUGUGUGCAUGGCUGUGUGUAUUUGUGAGGUGUGAGAGAAGUUGUUUGUGUUUCCACAUGCUUCAGACUCAGAGUACAAACCUGUGAAGCUCUGAUGGAGAUCUACCAGGACGCUGUGCUUUACCUAGAGUCCCAACAUGUACCAGUGGAAGUCAAUACUGAUGUUCUGGAGGAGGACGUGUUCCAGGAGGACACCAGUUUUUCCCCACUUCAGGCAGACAGCAUCGAUUUUCCUGAAAACCCUACCUGCAGCUCAGAGGAGAUGUUGGAGAGGAGACUCCUGGUUCUCAAGGGCAUUUUGGAGAGUGAGGAAGUUUAUCUGAGAGAGCUGGAGACACUGCUGAUGCCCAUGAAGGCCCUGCGGGCCUCAGCUGGGACCUCCCAGCCCGUUCUGUCCAGUCAACAAGUCCAGACGCUUUUCUACCAGGUGCCUGAGCUCAGAGACAUGCAUCAGAGCUUCUACUCAGGCCUGAAGACCAGGCUGAACGAUCGCCAUCAGACCGAGCUGCCCACGGGUGAGGAGAGACAGGUGAACCACACAGACUCUGAGCUGGUGGUGGGAGACCUGUUCCUGAAGAUGGUGAAUCAGAUCGGUCUGUACAGAGGUUUCAUUGAAAACUAUGAGAAUGCUGUUGAUGUUGUUCGCAAGUGCACACAGUCAGACCCUCGCUUCCGAACUCUGGCUGAGAGCAUGAUGUCCAGUAACAGCUCUGACAAAGUUCGAACCACAUACACCCUGGAAGCUCUGCUGUACAAACCUCUGGACAGAGUCACCAGGACAACACUAGUACUGCAGGACCUUGUGAAGACGACACCAACGUUACACCGCGACUAUACAGCUUUGCAGGAGGCUCUCCGACUGUCUCGCGGUUUUCUGUCUGGUGUCAACGAGAGUUCGAACGCCAAACGAGAGGUCACGCUCAGUCACGGCAUGAGACGUCAGCUGAUGUGUGACGGUUUCAUGGUGGACGUCACCGAGGGGGAGCGUGCCCUGCGACACCUGUUCCUCUACACUGACCUCCUGCUGUGUGUCAGAGCAAAACAUGCAACCAGAGGGAAGCAAGAUCAGUACCGGUUCUGCUGGUACCUCCCUCUGGCUGGUCUCAAACUGCACUGGGCUUCAGAUGAGGAGCAUCCACCUCCUGCAAACCUGCGCUUGUGCACUCUCAAAAAUAAGAUGUACACACUCAGACAGCAGCUGCAGCAACAGGCAGGAACCAGAGCAAUAUCCUUUACUGCCCGCAAUCAGAAGAAACUGGAGCAGAUGGAGCUGAUGAUGUUCAUCCUCUCAGCUCUGUACAGGCUGGAGCUGCACAGCCCCAGUGGCAAAAGUCACACACUCCUCUUCACCUCCUUGUAUGAACUAGAAGAAUGGAGAGAAGCCAUUCAUAAACUCACUACACAAAAUGUCGAAACUGUCCCACCUGACCUGCUGACCCUCACUGGUGCAUGUGCCAAACUCCGAAUGACCCAGCAGCCCCCACUACAAACCUACAUCUCUGGNAAUGAGUCUUUAUGGUUACGUGGGACUCUGAGUGUGGCCGUUCACUCUGCCUGUGGUCUACAGCAGCCGGCCUGUGUGUAUGUGUGCGUAGAAGUGGAUGGAUGGGAUUUUUACAACAAACAGGCGAAGACUCACUCUUCAGUCCAGAGUCUCAGCCCACACUGGGACCAGGAGCUGACGUUCCAGGUGGACGGAGCUCAGAACCUGAGGCUGCUGUGUGUGAGUCAGUCUGACGGACAGGAUGACACCGUGCUGGGAAAAACUACGUUAAAGCUUGAAUCUAUAUCCCAGAGUAAGCGAUGGAGGAGACAGACUCUGCAGCUUGGUCCAGUGGAAGUGACGCUGUCCAUCAAGUACGCACCUCAUCCGCUGGAACCUCCGCUUUCAGCAGCCCCUCCCCAGCCCAUCUUCUGUGUCCCCAUUGAAACUCUAGCCCAAUUUGAAGGGGUUCUGGUACCUCACGUGGUGCAGCGCUGCGUAGAGGAGGUGGAGAGGCGAGGCAUGGAGGAGGUGGGAAUCUACAGGAUUUCAGGGACGUCCAGUGAGAUCAACACGCUCAAGGCUGCGUUCAACAGCAAUCUACGUGAAGCUGUGACCAGGCUGAGGACUGCAGAAGUGAAUGUUGUCUCUGGUGUCCUCAAACUGUACUUCAGAGAACUGCCUGAGCCGUUGAUCCCCUCUGAGCUGUUCCACCGUCUGGCCAGGACCCUGGAAAUUCAGGACAUAGACACCCAACACGUGUCCAUGAUGUCUCUGCUGGAGUCCUUUCCUGACACCAACAGACACACCUUCCUCUACCUCAUCCAUCACCUCCAACGAGUCUCUGAGAGACAAGACAUCAACAAGAUGUCACUGCUCAACUUGGCCACAGUGUUUGGUCCUAGCCUUUUACGCCCCCCUGUGGCUGACCUGGGUCAUGACUUCGGAUCGAACAUCUCCCAGGAGGUUGUGGUGCAGGUGCAGGUGAUUUUGUGGUACCUACAGUGUCAUAACCUCCCUGACCCUCAGAUCUUAGUGCCACAUGACACAGAGGCAGAAGACUCCUAGACCACCCAUGUGUGAGACCACCAUCAGUGUCCCUAAUGACAACCAGAGAAGAUCACCAGUGUGUUUAAAAGAGUGUUGGAUGAUAAAUGUAUUUAUUGACGCUAAGCUGGUUUGUUUGUACUCAGUUUUGUUACUCAAACAAAGAAUAAAAUACCUGCGACCCCCCCCCCCAUCAUACAGGCAGAAAAGCUCUUUAUGCUGAAGUUCUUCUGGGUUUAUGUUAUGCAGCAGAAAAUAACGCAGGGUAAAUUCCUUUGGUCAAAUUGCACAUUCUUUCAAAGUUUUAAGUCAAAAAUGUUUUCCAGAAAUACUCGUAUUACUUGAGUGUCAAAAGCAAAACUUAAAUAGCCUGACUAUAUUGAGUAUUACAUGUAUACUGGUAUAAAGGUGUAAAUACAGUUUAA